AUGAUAUCAGAACAUCUACAAACACCAGAUCUGUCGGAUCAUUCAGGUGAUGAAGCUAAGUUGACCAAAUCAUCAGGACUAACACUGAAAACAAAUGAACUAUGGUCAUCGGAUUUGGAAGAGAAAUUGAAAAGACGAAUUACGCAACUGGUCACGUUUAGUUCAAUAUUGAAGCAAUUUCCUUCUGUCCUGGAGGACACUAUAGUGUCCAAAAUUUUAUCGAAUAAAAAUUGUGAUAUAAACAAUUGGAAAAAGAAAAUAUACUGUUACCAGUAUUUUUUCCAACCUCUGAAAGAGAAAUAUGAUCUUGGCGGCAUGAAGACGAUAUUACAAAAGCUUGAAAAAUUAAUAUUGAAAAAUUGGAGUAUUUUGGAAAUUGAGCAACUAUUUUGUAACUAUCUAGAGGAUUUAACCACAUCAGGAGUGAAAGCAUCAAUUCCAGGGAAGACUUUGGAUGAGAUUGCAGAGGCAGUGAAUCAUAUAUAUAAGAAACCACGUUGGACACGUAAAGAAAUUGAAAUCCUAAUCAAAAAUAAAAAUGAUUUAGAAAAAUUGGAAACGGAUCUUUUCUUUAGAGAUCUUGAAUCUAUUACGAAGAAAAUACAAAGGGAUAACCUUUUUUCCAAAAGCGAAAUUCAAAAUUUCAAGACCAGGGUUUCCCAAAAUACAGAUUCAAAUAAUAAAUAUUUUGCUCGGGAGUUUACUCGAAAGGAACUAGGUCAGUUGAAAAGAUUAGUAUUAAAACCAAUAUGCUUUUCUGAGGUGCUUGCUAAGUUUCCAAGUCAUGCUUGGGAAUACAUUGCGCGUGAACUAAUUCAAUUGAACUCAUCAGAAGAUAAUUCGAUUUGGUUGAAGAAGAUUUAUUUCUAUUGUGUCGUGUAUUCAAAAUCUGUUGAUAAAGGAAUUUUGAAAUCAAUUGGAGGUGGUAGCAAGAUUUAUCAAAGGAUGCAGUCUGUUUGGAAUGAAAUUAAAACUCUUGAUUCUUUCAAGGAUUGGUCGUUGCAAGAAUUUGAGCGUUUGUAUUGUUUUGGUUUUCAUGAUCUAACUAAAAGCACUUUGACUAAAAGUUUUCCUUCCAAGAGUAUAACGGAUAUUUGUGCAGUCGUUAAUAUUACGAGUCCAAGAAUACCUUACACAGAUCAAGAAAUAAAGUAUUUAGAAGAUAAUUUAAAUGCUCCAAUGGACACUUUGCAAAAUAAUCUACCUUUUCGAUCCAAGCAUUUAAUACAAAAAAAGUUGCAAGCAUUGAAAGACUUGGAGAGAACCACUGAACAAAAGCAGUCUCACACCGGAACUAAAAUAAAAAGUGAGGCAGAGGAGGAGAGGAAUAUCCGAGAUGCAGUAUAUAUAAAAGAGUUGAUUAUGUUUGAUCUUUCAUUACAAGCGAUCGAGGAUACCUUCCCUUCAGAGCCAAUUGAAGAUGUUAUCAGGAGAAUCAAGAAUAACAAUGUAUUUGAUCCACUUGUGUUUACAAGGGGUGAAAAGGAAUUAAUAAUGCAGUUGGUUAAAAAGGGAAACCUGGUCGACGACUGCUUUUGUUACUUUCCCUUGAGGGAAGAAGAAUUUGUUCGUUCCAAAUAUGCGGAAGCUGAAUAUGUUUCAGGUAGAAAAAUGAAGUUCAACACCCCCGAAGAAAGAUUGGCAUAUGAAGCAAAAUGGACUUUGUUUAACAUGAGCAAAGCGGACAAUGGUCGAGGAAAGACAAGAUCCACCAAAAGAUCUUGCGAAAUAGACGAGUUGAGUAAGUUGGAGCAAGCAGCCAGUGUGAAGCGUACCAAAAGAAGAAUUGAGUUGACAGAAGAGGAACAAGAAAAACGCCGUGAAAGACAGGAACACAAUGAGCUUUUGCGUUUAAAGAAGUUAGAGGAGAAAAGAGAAAAGUAUCGAAUCCUGAAAGCCAAAAGAUUGGAGAAAAUAGCUGCUGGUCUAAUCAAGCCCUCUACUUCUGGUCACGAGUUGGAAGACCUCGUCACUAGUGCUGAGUACUUUCAAUCCAUAGUUGGUGAUAAACAAAAGGUUCAGGAAGGCCAAAAGAGAAAAAGGAUUCAAGCCGAGUAUUUUGCCCCAGAGUUUAUUGAAAAGCCUAAACCGGUGAAAUUGAAAACUACAAAAAGGCAAGCAGAAAAAAAUAAAAUCAAGAAACAGUUGAAACGUGAAGCUCAGUCAAAAAUCAAAAAGAAGAAGGUUGCUGCUCCCAAAAAGAACAAACGCAGAGUCAAAACUGAUAAUGAGAUCAUCGAAGAAAUUAAGGAUGUGUAUAAGCUUUCGCUGGAGCCUUAUAUUGAACUGGAAGUAGAAGAAGAUGAUGAAGAAGAUUACAUCAGCCCCUAUGACCCACCAGACAUCAUUUCUGAUUCACAGGUGAAAUUGAAUGGAAGACAUUUGUAUGUGUCUUCAUUUUACGAAGAGCGUCCAGAAAUCCCAGAGUUGAAGUUUGUGUCUUCAUCACAUUUGGAGAUGUCUGAGAAUGAUAUGACUGUGGCAAAACAAAUAAUGACUUCAGCAAACGAUGAUAUUCUAUAUGAUGACAGUUUGGCGUUUGAAAUCGUUGCUCAACAUAUAAAGUCAUAUCGUGAUUUGCCAAUUUCAUUUCCACCAGUAUUGGAUCCAACAACCCGAGAGUUAAAUGUCGCAAAUGUUGUAAGAAUUAGGUUUUUUCUUUAUCCAGAACAUUAUGAACUGUUUAUGCUUGCAUCUCCGAAAUCAAAUGAACUUGAUCCAGUUCAAGAAAUUGCCAAACUAUUCAUGAUUCAAUAUUCCUUAUAUUUUUCGCACUCGGAUACUUUAAAGAAAAUCAUAACGGAAGAUUACUGUCAUAAACUUGAGCAUUCUGUUGAAGAAAAUGAUUUUGGUGAGUUUAUGUUUGUGGUGGAUAAAUGGAACCAUUUGGUAAUGAAACUUUCCCCUAACAUUGCUUCGGUACAAAAGAUCUUAGGUUUAGGAGAAGACAUCAACAAGGCGCCAAGAGCUUACUUGAACAACCAAGAGGUUAGUGUACCCACAAUUUCGGAUUUGAAAAUAGAAACAUUUUAUGACGAGAUUAUGUAUGAAUCUGCUAGUCCAUUAUUCAAUCCAAUUAAUCUGAAUAGUUCCGAUCUGCAACUAGAUGCAGAGUCGGCACCCAUUCCGUUAGGUGAGGUUGAGACUCCGAACAAUAUUAUUGAAGAGGUAAAUGAAAAAAUGCCAGAUAACUAUAUUCCUGAUUUUUUCAGAAGAUUGAAAGAAAAAACUGAAAUAUCAAGAUAUGCCAUGCAGCAAAUUCUUCUUAGAGUUUAUUCACGGGUUGUCUCGACUGAUUCUAGAAAAUUGCGGUCUUAUAAAGCUUUUACUGCUGAGACUUAUGGCGAAUUGCUUCCAUCGUUUACUAGUGAGGUAUUGGAAAAAUUGAAUUUGUUACCUACACAAAAGUUUUAUGAUCUAGGCUCAGGUGUUGGGAAUACCACUUUUCAAGCUGCUUUGGAAUUUGGUGCAUGCAGUAGUGGGGGUUGUGAAAUUAUGGAUCAUGCUUCCAAAUUGACUGAAUUACAAGCUGAAUUAAUUCAAAAGCAUUUGGCGGUAUUGGGAUUACAAAAAUUAAAUCUAGAUUUUGCCUUGCAUGAAAGUUUUGUUGGUAAUGAAAAAGUUAGGACAAGCUGCUUGGAUUGUGAUGUUCUCAUUAUUAAUAAUUACUUAUUUGAUGGGCUAUUAAACGAUGAAGUUGGGAAAUUGUUGUAUGGAUUGAGGCCUGGUACUAAGAUUAUUAGUUUGAGAAAUUUUAUUAGUCCUCGUUACCGGGCCACUUUUGAUACAGUUUUUGAUUUUUUGAGUGUCGAGAAACAUGAAAUGAGCGAUAUUAUGUCUGUUAGUUGGACUGCUAACAAAGUUCCUUAUUAUAUAUCAACAGUUGAAGAAACAAUACCACGGGAGUAUUUGAGCAGAGAAGAAACAAUGGAAACAAGUGGGAAAUCUAAAUCAGUCAGUCCGGUAGGUGAAAUUGGAAAUGUGUCAGCUGCCAUGAUGACUCCUCCAACUGACUCUUCAGAGUCGGAAAUUAUUAAAAGCUAA